CCGUAGAGCCGGUCAUGGUGGACCUUACUUUGUAAACCCUUGUUUUGGGCAGUAAUGGGGAACACGCGCAGCCUUCUGGCGGCGUCGCUGUCUCUGUGCUCCGUGUCUCUGGUCUUCUUUCACUUUUACUCGUCUCAUCAGCUACUCAAGGCAGAAGUUCUGAGCGGGGACCGACUUCCGAGCUUUUUCUACCUUCACGUGAAGUACCUGCUCAGAGCUGUCACGCGGAGCUCAGGCCGCCUGUACCCCGCAGCUGCUCCGGGGGCGCGCAAGGCUGUUUACACCGUGCGUGACUGCAGGCUGGACGCGUCCCUGUUGAGGAGGUUCUGCAGCGUGGCGGGUUACGGCUGGGACUAUCCAGACUCCGAGCACAGAGACGUGCCCCUCUGCUUCCCGGAGAGCCUGCAGAGCCUGCAGCCGGUGGACGAGCUGAAGAAGGGCCCGUUCGUGCUGCAGGCCCGAGUCCUGGGGUACCGGCAGGCGGCUGCCGGGGUGGAGGUGGACAUCCGCCUGUCGGCCGCGUCCCGCUCCGGGUGCCCGGUCUGGGAGAGCGUCCUGACGCUGCUCUCCGAGGAGCGGCCGGGCAAAGCGGGCGGCUGCCUACCGGAGAAGGGCCCCCCGGACGAGCCGGCGCCAGAAACGGAGAAGCGGGUGGAGCUCCGGGUGUCCCGGACCACCGGGACGCACUGCGACUGGUCCUUCUCGGACUACUCCCCCCACCGGAUCCUGGCCCUGCCGGCCCGGGUCCUGGGCCUCGCACGUCCGACCGCACCGGGUCUCUGGAUUCUGUCCGUCUGCUUGGCGGAAAUAGAGAAGCACAAAGGAGUGGGACCACUCACCGCUCCGGUCAGCGUCACGGCCCUCUUCCAGGAGCCGCUGGCCGUCCCGGGACACGUGGGGGUCAGGUUUUGGGAGGAGACUGAAGCCGUGGGUCAGCCCUCCACCAAAGGCCUGAGCUUCCGCAUGGAGACACCAGGACGCAGCAUCUCUCACAUCGUGGGCCGGAUAUCCAGGUUUUAGUUCAGAAAUAACUUAAAUAAAGAUUUCUGGUUUUAAUAUUUAAAACCUCACAAACAAAUUUAAAGGGUUUAAACAGCUUUAGUGGGAGGUUUGAGCCCUAAAUGAACUCUGUAAAGGUUAAAACUCCAGUCUGUAGAAGCUCUUUAUCCCAAAUGAUGUUUUACUACUAAAAUACAAUUAUUUUGUUAUC